GCCCCAUUUUUGUUCGUCCAAAGUAUUCUCUUUAGUAAAAAACCAACAAAAACAUUUUUUUUUUUAAUUUUUUUAAUUAUUAUUUUCUAGAGAGAAAAAGAAGAUAGAGAUCCGAGCUUCUUCUUCGUUUCAAAGCUUUGAUUUUCAGUCUUUGGAGUUUAGAGAGAGUGAGAAGAACAAUAAGCUUCUGGUGCUGCUGCGAAUUCGAGGUCAGAACGAGAGAUGAAUGGUAAUGAAGUAGAUGGAGGAGAAGAAGUCGUAAAAAUGGAGGAAUGUAAGGAAGAUAUUAUGGUGUAUAUGUGGGGUUAUCUACCCGGAGCUUCGCCGGAGAAAUCUCCGAUACUAUCUCCGGUACCGGUCCGGUUACCUGGAAAUGGAGAUUCUUGGAAAGACGUUUGUGGUGGAGGUUGUGGAUUUGCCAUGGCUAUCUCUGUGAAUGGGAAACUUAUAACGUGGGGUUCUGUGGAGGACGAAACCCAAAUCUAUCUGACUUCAGGGAAGCAUUCGGAAACUCCAGAACCCUUUCCCCUGCCAACUGAGGCUUCGGUAGUUAAGGCGGCUGCUGCUGGCUGGGCCCAUUGCGUUUCAGUUACAGGUAAUCUUUGGUUUUUAAAGACAGGUGAAGUAUUCACAUGGGGCUGGAAAGAAUGCAUUCCAUCUGGGAAAAUUAUCUGUGAUUUGGCUACUGUAGGAUGUUUGCAGAAGGAUACAGUAGGUAAACAAAGCUCAAUAAUACCAGAACAAGGUAACUUAAGGUCUCAAGGCUCUAGUUUGACAGCUGGAGCAGGUUCUCAUGAGAAUAAAAAGGCUGGAGAAGAAGUUGUGAAGAAAAGAAAAAUUACGCAAGCGAAACAAGAAUCUGAAAACUUGAUGUCUAGUGAAGAGUUCUUCGCUGUUUCACCCAGUAUUGUAACACUGGGUGCUGGAAUAAGGAUAAUCACAGUUGCUGCUGGUGGCAGGCACACUUUAGCGUUGUCAGAUAUGGGACAGGUGUGGGGUUGGGGCUAUGGAGGCGAAGGACAGCUAGGCUUGGGUUCUCGGGUAAAGAUGGUGUCUACCCCUCAUCUCAUACCUUGCAUUGACCCAACUCUUCCUGGGAAAGAUAGAUCUUCAGCAUUUUCACAAGAUAGCAAGAUUUUUUCAGCCCAAUCUUCUAAAGUUCCCGGAAGUUUUAUCAAGGCAAUUGCUUGUGGAGGUCGGCACAGUGCUGUAAUAACUGAUGCUGGGGCAUUGCUCACUUUUGGCUGGGGCCUGUACGGACAGUGUGGUCAAGGUGGUACAUAUGAUCAGUUAAGGCCAACAUAUGUGAAUUCGUUAUCAACUGUUCGAGUUGAAAAGGUAGCUGCGGGACUAUGGCAUACUCUCUGUGUAUCUGAUGAGGGUCUGGUAUAUGCUUUUGGGGGUAAUCAGUUUGGACAGUUGGGAACUGGCACCGACCAAAUUGAGACUGUACCCAAGCUUUUGGAUUCUUCAUGCUUGGAAGGGAAGAAUGCUAAAAUGGUAUCAUGUGGAGCUCGUCACAGUAUCAUAAGCACAGAAGACGGUGAGUUAUUUAGCUGGGGGUGGAACAAAUAUGGCCAACUUGGCUUGGGGGAUUCAGUUGACCGGGGUACCCCAUCGCAAGUUACAAGAAUCUCCGGUGUUGUGCCGAUAAACAUUGCAUGUGGUUGGUGGCACACCUUGAUGCUGGCUGAAACACCCAACUGAGCUACAGUUGAUGAUGCUAAAGAGAAAAAAACACAUGACAUAACGUGACAGUUUUGCUAGAAAUAGAAGACACAUUACUCAGAUUGGUUUGUCAGAUUCUCUCCCUCUCUCGCACACUUUUAGUCCUGUGUAACACCAACAUUGUACAUACUAUUAUUCUUCUCAGGAAAGCUUAGUUUUUUUCUCUCAUUCAAACGACACACUGGAAAUGAUCUGAUUUGUACACUAAGCUUAUAAAAAGUACAGCUAAAGAUUUAGCCUCUCCUUUUGCCGUGUCUUAUGAUGAUGGAUCAAAUCUUGUUGGAGAUGCGAUUUCUUGCAUGCUGUAGAAGAUGCAACAAAGGUAAAAAUACCUCCAUUCUGUGAAAACCCUUGGUAGCCUGGAUUAAAUUCCAAUGAAACAGAAAUUUUAGAAAAUUGUAAUUUUAGUAAGCUUUUUAACUUGAUUGUACUAUUAUUAUUAGUUUUAUUAAAGUUAAGAACAGUGAUAAUGAUAAUUAAGUUCUCAGUGUUGUUUGUGAA